AUGCCGUCAAAAGCCAAUAAGAGGAAGGCGGCUGAAGAGAGGAAAUCAGCAAAUUCGGCAGCUGAAGCAGUUGAGAUACCAGCUGUGAAUCCACCUGAGGAUAUUGCACCCGAACCAACUUCCUCUUCUUCGUCUAAUUCAGAAUCCUCCAGCUCAUCAUCACCAUACUCAUCCGUAGAAUCCACUUAUCCUUCUACCUCCGACUCGGAUCUUCCUGGUACUUCUACCUCCGAUGCAACCUCGGACUCCCUUAUCUCUGAUGAUGACUCCAGUUCACUUCUGUACCCACCACCUGCCAGACUUGAAUAUCUCGAGGCUUCGAAUCCAAUCGAUAUUGUAACAAAUUCAUAUUUGAUGAAAGUGGAGCCAGUUAAAUUUUAUUGCUACAACGUCAGUAUUAGUGUGAAGAGAAACGGAAUGGAUUCAUUCGAACUUUCUGGUUUAACCGGCGAUGUUCGACAGCGACAGAGGGACCUGGCAGAGAUUCUGAGAAUCGUUUGUAGAAACGGAGGAAAAAUGAAGAAGAUUGUAAAAGUUUACGACGGUGCAAUGAAACUAUAUACCACCAAAAAGUUGAAGAUUUUUCAACUUGACUCAAUCAACGCAACCCUCGAUCAAUCUGAGGUGCCGGAAAUGAUUCAAUCCCACGAGCAAGAACAACUCUAUGCCAGUGGGCCGCUUUCCAAUCUUCCUGUCAACUGGAAAGAUCUAUCAGCUGCAAGAAGCUAUCUGAAAGGUUUGCAUGUGCAGCACAUCUACUCACAGCAGUGUUGCACUAUUAGUGAUGUAUCAGACGUUCCAUUAAUGACAGUUGACAAUGGAAAAAUUUUCAAAAAAGCUAUAGAACAAGCCAAUCAAUCGGGAUCCUAUUUCAAUCGUUUUUGGCCUGCAAUAGAAGUCAACUUGUUGAACAAAUCGAAAGGACGACAAAGAUCACUUUACUUUCCAAUUGAAACUUUGAAUGUUCUUCCUGAUCAGAAACUUCCAGAAGAGAAUAAAAUACCUGUGGUAAUUGACACAUCUACUAGGUUCAGUGAGACAAGAAAAAUUGGAGAAAAAGCUCUUCUCCUAUCUCCGAACUCUACUCUUCACUCGUUUGGAGUGACAAUCAACCCAGAACCUAUCACAGUAGAAGGAUUUGCAGUAUCACCUCCGACUAUUAUGUAUAAUGGAUACGAAACUGUUGUGGACUUUUCGAGAAAUGCGUCAUGGCUCCCUCCCAAUAAUCAUAAAGGAACUCUCAUUGCACCAGCCAGAAUGGAAAAAGUGUUGUUGUUGUAUAAUAGUUCGGAGAUUACCAAUAAGCGAAAAGUUGAGAGAUUAAAGACUUACCUGAUAAAAAGUUCCAAGCAAAUUGGGAUAAUCAUUUCAAGAAUUGAUGAGGAAGAUUUGGCGUCCAGUGUUACUACACCAGUAGAAGCUAUCGAACAAAAAAUGAAUUCCCUUCAAAACUUGUUAGUCAAGCCAAUUGUAAUUUAUGCAACUGAAAACGACAGUCAAGCAGUCUACAAAAAUUUGAAACUGCAAGAACGACUGUGCGAGGUGGUGACUCAAUAUAUAUCAUUCAAUAAAUUCACAACAACACGAUCACACAUUUCAAGUUCUCAUCUAUGGGGUGAUAGUUCCAACACGCUGAUUAUUUCCUACGACCUCCAAUUCCCCGAUUUCGAAAAGAAUGGAAUUAAUGAAAUACCAUGUACCGUCGGGUUUGGAUACAACGGGACCAGAAUUCCUGAAGCAGUUAUUGGGGAUUUUCAUUAUCAAUUAGCAAACAACGAGCAAGUGGAUAGUGAUGUGUUGAUUUAUCGUGCCAAAUUUAUGCUGAAUCACUAUUUUAGCUCAAGAAAAAAGCUACCGGAUCACGUUAUUAUUUUACGGGAUGAAAUAUCCCAAGAUCAACAUGACAUGGUGAGGUUCGAAGAGUUCCCUGCAAUCCAAAAGGGAAUUAUGGAGAUUUUCGACGAAAAAAAGAACGAAGCUCCCUCAUUUGCGCUUCUUGUCAUAAACAAGCGUCACUCACAUCAGUUGUAUACUACAAAUAAGCAAGGUAUUUCAAACGUCCCACCUCUCACUGCAAUCGAUCGUCGAGUUGUGAGUAAGGAAGGAAACGAGAUCAUUUUCGCUUCUACAACCGACCCAAAGAUCAAUAAAAAUAUGAGAGUUCUGCUCAUCACUAUUCUCCUCAAUGAAAACGUCUUCAAAACUAAUAAUGAACUGACUCAACUGAUGGCAGCAAUGUGUUGUGCAAAUCAAGUGUUCACCAGAGUGGUCCAACUGCCAGAGACAAUCAUUGCAGCCGAAAGUUACGCGAAAAGAGGUGCGGAUCUUUUUGACGCAUACUCUCUAAAAUGCCACCAAGAGAAUGAACCUCUUCUGGAAAUUCCGGAUGGUACUGGAGGAAAACAUCUGGAUCUCACAAAAUUAACCGAACUUCUCAGUUACGAAUCCAGCUGCUUCAGCACAACAAGAAUUGUCUGA